AAGUGUUAGGUUUUCUACUUUUGGUUUAAAAUGGUUAAACCUAUGUAUUUUGGAAAAUACGCUGGUAAAUACAGUUGUUAUAGGGGCGAAUUAUAGCAUGAUCGUUUCAUACGAUACUGGAAUAUUGUCGAUAGCCGUUCGUUACAUUUGAUUGUUUUCAAUUAAGCCAGGACAAAGCUUAAGAAUAGCUAGAUCUUGAUUUAAAUAAAGCUUUCGGUCAAUUGUAACCACGGCCCCCAGGUCCGGGAAAUAGCGGGGACGUUGACUUUGGCCCACGUCGCCCUGCGGAGACGAACUGCUAGUAAAAUCCCCACCAAAUGCCCGCGCACCCCUGGGACUCUACGUAUUUUUGGCGCGAAGACAAACCCACCGCAUUCACCCACCCGGCACUGUUGGGCCACCUGGAAGGUAAAAACUCGGCAAAUUUCCCCGGCUAUCUCCGGUAUACCCCCGGACCUGGGGGGGGGGGCGUGGUUACAACUGACUGAUGCAUUAUUUGCAUGGAAAUACAAGUAUAAAUGAGAAUCAGGUUGAGCUAUAGACGCAAAAUUAGUUAGAAGAGGAUGCCGCUCCGGUGUUGCGCAUGCGCGGCUGAUGUCGGGCUACAACCGGAAACAUGCCCAGUAUGUCACAAGGGGUUUUGUCUGAGUUGUUGCGCAAUGAAAGCGAAAAUGACGUCCCAUCCGGUUCGUAAGCGGAAGUGCGAGUGUGACGCAUUCAUCACGCUUAAGGGAGGCCCGGUCACCGAUCCUGUGGUGACUCGCCCAACGCACUCCAGUAUUGAGGCCCCGACAAGCGUGAAAGGUAAUAACGGCCAAAUCAAUAGCAAUGACUUGACACGACCGGCCGAUACAAGAAGGACCAGCUUGAACGCACAAACAAUGCAAAACAAUCGAACUGCCGUCGCCAAUAACUAUCAAGGGUAUUCUACCUUUAGCAAGACUGUAGGUAAUAAAAACAAAAACAUGGUACAGGAUGCACAUGUGUCCUCACAUGGUGAUUUCGACGAUGACUUCUACGACGAGGAUAUCCCCUGGGAGAACGGUAGUGGCAAUGGUCAGGGAAAUUAUUCCCACUACAGAGGACAUCAACCAAGCCAAAGACAAACCAAGAAAUCAGGUUCUGAAUUUUCUUCUUACCAAAGAAAUGUAGACUUCUCUAGACGUCCUGAAAGUUCCGACUUCCGUGAAGAUCAAGGUCGUCAGAGCGAUCGCAGUUAUCCCCAGUUCCCUGACGAUCAAAUGUUUUAUGACGACCGGGGAUAUCCUGAUAUUCCACAGUUCCAGGAUGGUGCAUACAGGCAGGGUGACGAGUAUGAUCCGACAUAUCAAAACUACCCAGAGGAUUUAGGCGAACCAUAUCACCAAGGUGGAUAUCCAACGUCCUCAUUUCCGGAAGGUUCACACCAUUCAUAUGAAGAAUCAGGCGAUCCAUAUCACCAGGGUGUAUAUCCAACGUCGUCCUAUUCGGGAGAUCCACAAUCUUCAUAUAAACAACAAGGCGAUCCAUAUCACCAGGGUGGAUAUUCAAGGCCGCCCUUUUCGGGAGAUUCACAAUCUUCAUAUAAACAACCAGGCGAUCCAUAUCACCAGGGUGGAUAUUCAAGGCCGCCCUAUUCGGGAGAUUCACAACCUUCAUAUAAACAACCAGGCGAUCCAUAUCACCAGGGUGGAUAUUCAAGGCCGCCCUAUUCGGGAGAUCCACAAUCUUCAUAUAAACAACCAGGCGAUCCAUAUCACCAGGGUGGAUAUUCAAGGCCGCCCUUUUCGGGAGAUUCACAAUCUUCAUAUAAACAAUCAGGCGAUCCAUAUCACCAGGGUGGAUAUUCAAGGCCGCCCUUUUCGGGAGAUUCACAAUCUUCAUAUAAACAAGGACAUUCAAGGUCAGACAACACAGGGAACUCCCUACACCAACAGGGAUAUUCUGGGUCAUCUACCCAGGUAGAGUUAAAGGCGUCCAAUUUCCAACGUUAUUCCAGAUCCCAGUACCCUAGUGGGAGCUUUGGUAGCCAGGGAGAAGGAUCUUACCAACAACGAUAUCCAGCCAUUACGGAGGAAGAACUUCUUCAGGACGAUACGCCAGCAUAUGAUGAUAUUCCCUACGCCUUGAUAAUCGCUGGCCACAUUAGCGAGAAACAGUUGAGGAUUGCUAAAUUGAAACAGGAGCAGAAAAAUCUGCUUGAAAGGAUUCAGACGCAAUAUAAAGAAACAACUUUUGUCACGCAAAAUCAAACAGAACGCGAUAAAAAUCAUGGACAUCAAAGACAAAUAAAUGUUGGCAAUAGAGAACGGGAGACUGGAGAGCUAAAGAACGUUGUAGGCGAUGAUGAGACCGAAAUAACACAUAGAGAAGAAAACGACAUAGAUGACAUAGCAAAGAACAAUUUAAAGAAGGAAGAGCUCCCCAAAGAAAAGGCACAACUAUCUGGAAACAAUACAUCGUACAAUAGCCAUUACAAGCAAGACAUGAGGUCUGUCGCGGAAGAUGAGGUUGCAAAAGACGAAAAGUCAUCUGGAGAAAGAGUCACCACACCUGGAAAUGAACGAGCUUCCACGGGUAGUGUUGGUCUGACACCAGUGUCUUCCAUGCCACAUUCUCUCCCUCCGUCUGAUACAAUGGGAACAAUGGGAGGGAGCGCCAAUAUGACAAAGCAUAAAAACAAAACUCAACAAGGACAAUUAAAGCCUUCGUUGAGCGAGUCUCGGGAUGACUCAAGUGAUGAUGAUGUUGUUCCAACUGCGAUGGAAACCCUGAGAAAAGGGAAUAAAACUUCAGAAGAGGAAAAGUCAUCUGGAGAAACAACCACACAACAACAAAGUCGACGAGGUUUCACAGCUAGUAUUGGUCUGACACCAGUGUCUGCCCGACCACCAUCUGUCCCUCCGUCUGAUACAAUGGGAACAACAGGAGGUAGCAACAAAAUGACAAAGAAUAAGAACAAAAAUCUAACUCCUUCGAGGUCAACUGGCCAACGUAACAAAAAUGGCGACAAAGAAGAACACGCACAGGGUCAACGCAUGCUCUUGGUUUUUUCCUUUGAUCCGCUUGAUAAUGAAGACAAGAAAGACGCCGGCGCAAAGGAUGAGGAUAAAGGGUCACCCGGAUUUAGUGUAGUAAUUGCAAUGGGGAGAUCCGCAAAGAGUCACCAUAGGGCGUUCGAGCAACUCAGACAUUCCAAGAGCGGCGCUCAACCCUAUUGUGCAGGUUGCGGUCGGCGGGACUGUCGAGGAGAAAACCUACGUGCAAUGAGGGCCCUGAUCACGUGUGCCCAAAAGGAGGGUUAUGAGGUGCGGGAUGUCGUCCCUGACGGGAAUUGCAUGUUCGCCGCUGUUAUCGAUCAACUAGAGAUGUUAGGAGACAGCCGUUUUGAUGCGAAAUCACUGCGUUUGGCAGCCGUCACGUGGUUGAUGGAACAUCCGAACGUCGGGGAGGGGCAGGGAACACACUACCGGGACUUUAUGGCGGAGGACUGGGAUAAAUACAUCAGUAGAAUGAUGAACGACGGCGAAUGGGGAGACCAUAUAGCGCUGGUUGGCGUCGUCAAUGUGACCGGACACAGUGUGCAGGUGCUCGACGCCCAGGGGACGGAAGCCGCGUGGACCAUCCAUGACCCUGAGCCGGGCGCUCAUGCGCACACCACAGACCACGUGUUGGUCCUCGGGCACGUUGGAGAGUUUCAUUACACCAGCCUCCGACCCGCCCAACUGCAAGAUACACCAGUUGAAUAUUCCCAUCCAGAGGUUGAGCCCAAGAGCACUCUAACCACUCAGGUGUCAUUUGAAGGUUCCUCCAUGGUGGAGGUGUUCCAAGAAGAUCACGUGGACCCGCUGAGCAGCACACCUGUGGCGCACCUGUCCUUUCUUCUCAAACACAUCGCGCCCAUGGACUUUGUGAUCAACCAGGCUGCAAUUGUAUCAUCAGAAGUGGUGGAUACUAUUGAAACUAUGUUCAAUGGUGGUGGAAAAUCGGAUACACAUUGGAAGGAAACUGUAACUGGGAACGCCGGUGAAGGUACACACCAUUUGACAUUCUUUCCCGACAUAUGUGAAGGAUUACCGGAGAUGAAACUAGCCUGGCUGGGCCUUGAUCUCAUGUACAUUUGCUUGGUUGAUCAGGCAAGAGACAACGCGGACCCCAGAAGGCAUUAUGGUAUAAAUACGGAUGACUCAGGGUGUCACAUUGGUUAUACCAAACUUUUAAUGCGAGGAAUGACCGGAAAAGCCAGCUACCUUCCAAGUUCACCGAAUCCUGGAGCUGGCGAUAAUCUCAGGUUGUCAUUUGCAAUGAGAAACCGCACCGUUCAACUUCCCAUAAACUCUAUUUAUGGAUAUAAAUGCUUCAAAUGGCCAAAGAUUGCUGAAAAUUGGCUAACCCGAGAAAGGUGCGAAGGCUGGCCAUCUGAGGUGGUGAUCCAGAAUGUCAUGGAAGAAGGCUGCAUUGUGAUACCGUGGUCUCAUCCGUCGAUCCGAAGUCCAGACCUCGAGUGGAAAUUUUCAUUUGCAUUGUCGGAGAAGGUUUUGUUUAGAGAAGGACUUUCGCUGUCUCAAAAAUAUUGCUUCAUAGUGUUGCGAACAUUUUGCUAUCAUGUUCUAAGCACGUUACCACAGUUCAGCUUAUCGAUAUUGAAGAGCGUGUUCUUUUACGCCUGUGAAAGAAUCCCAGCAGAGUAUUGGGAAACAAGCCCGGCACCCUGCAUAUUGCACAUGCUAGAUGCGAUUCUGCGAGGAGUAAAUGAGAAAUGUCUGCCAAACUAUUUCAUCCCGACAAACAACAUGAUUGACCAUCUCUCCUCCGCCGAACUACAUCAAAUAGAGGACCAGAUUGUAGAACUUCGCUCGCAGCCGAUGUUGUUUUUACGGCAAAUUCAGGAUUUUGUGAGAAUUCUUCCGAACGGACAUGCCAUCAUUGACCAAGUAUGUGAAGAUGCUGAGCAUUUCCAAAGCAUCAGCGAUUCAACUCUCAAGGUUUUUGUCCCAUGUCGCAUUGAUGCCGCCAAAGGCCAGAUCAGGUCACUGAAAUACGACACGGCUUUGGAGACCCUCAACCAAGCUUUCCAGGACCGUCUGCGUGUUAGUACGUGUGAUGAUACCAUGACAUAUCAGAUGUUCCUGCAGGGGUCAAUCAGCGGUCUGGAAAUGAAUUCUACCGUAUGGUUUUCUACAUACGCAGACAAACAGCUGGAGGGACAGUUGUCCAAGUCUCUGAUACGAGAGACUUGCCAUGACAUGACGCUGGUGAGAUUGGAAACCUUACUUCCUCCGGAUGUUGCGGGCAGUUACGCCGCAUCAGAAAUGCCGAUCACCUUUGGGAGCAAUAUAGAGGACUUGUGUCACGAUUAUGCAGCUUUCUUAGUCUUUAUUGGAAAGAAGAACGGCGCUCUUCCCGUGCUGUACCACUGUCACAAACUUUACAAGCAAAGACAGGCCGAUGUUGCAAGCGGACAGAUUACUGAGACGUUCAGUGAUCGGACAAUGUUUUAUAUCUACGGAGGGAUUUACAAAAUCUAUUUCGAUCAAAACCAACUCGAGUUUUUCCGAGAAUUGCUCCAGGAUAUGGACGAGGUUGGACAAAGGAUAGACACGCCAGAAGUGUAUAUUUGUCUCACUAACAUCCAUAGGGAACUCGGCGAUACCUAUGGUAUGCAAAUGAUGGCGUCUAAAGUCACAAGCAAACCGGAGUACGAAGGCCAGCGGUUUGUUGUAAGCGUGCAACAAUGGCCGAUGUAUUAUAUCAGAUAAAUGCAGAAGCAGGAACGCACUUAACGCAGUGUUGUUGUACAAAUCCCACGUAUAGAUUAAUUGAAUGAUUGUUUCAUUUAAAUUGCAACAUUGUUGAUAUCCUGGGAUUUGUGUGGAAUACGUCUGUAGAUAUAUUGUAAAAAGAC